CAGUGACCUAAUGGAGCUCUAGGAGUGGGAGGCAUUUAAAGUACGGUAAUUCCUUCCCCGCUGCCAGAUUUUCUCAGCGUACAAAGCUUUCCCUCCCACUCCCCUCCAAGGAGCCUAGGGAGCAGGAGCUGCGCCCUCUCACAGGAGCGCCCGGCUCCUGCUGCUGCGGAGCAGGCGGGGGCGGCCGACGUUCGGAGACCGCGGGGAAGCGAGGCAGCAAGCACCACGAAUUGGGGCGGAGAGGCUUCAGGUGCGACCUCACCUCCUUGUGGUGACUUUCCUCCGGAGCAAAGCAAGGUGGAGCAGAAAUAACAACGCUCACAGGCAGCACAGACAUCAUUUUACGUAUUUAUUUAAUAGGCUUUGAGAGCUGCACGUGCUCUGUUGUUGUCAUCACCCUGCCACCGUAACUCCCUUGGUCGACAGAGCAAAGCUCACUGUUCACUACACCCUUCAGCCUCAGGAUCACCACCUCCAUAUUACUUCGCUCCCUAGGACCCUGAGUUCUUACUUCCCUUUGCCUUUACACAGCUGUAGCUCCUUAUCAGUCUCUUCCACCCAGGCUCAGCCGACUGCAGAUAAGGCCGAGUUUAUCUUCCCACCCUUCCCACCCCGUCAGAGAACUUCGGUACCGGGGAGCCAGAUUUCCAAGAAAGAAGAAAGCAGAACACCUCUGAAGAGACCACUUUCUAGCUAAAGAUGGCUGCUGAUACCUCUGUUGAUAUCCUUCAAAAAGUUCUGGAGAAUGAAAUACUUCAGUCAACCAAGGUUGUGGAAGAACAUCUGGAUGCUGAAAUACAGAAGCUGGACCAGAUGGAUGAAGAUGAAUUGGAACGCCUUAAACAGAGGAGGCUUGAGGCCCUAAAAAAGAACCAGCAGCAGAAACAAGAGUGGCUUUCAAAAGGACAUGGAGAAUAUAGAGAAAUCCCAAGCGAGAGAGACUUUUUCCAAGAAGUCAAAGAAAGUAAAAAUGUGGUUUGCCAUUUCUAUAGAGAUACAACGUUCAGGUGCCAAAUAAUGGACAAACAUUUGACUGUAUUGGCAAAAAAGCACAUUGAGACAAAAUUCUUGAAAUUAAAUGCUGAAAAAUCUCCUUUCUUGUGCGAGAGACUGCGCAUCAAAGUAAUUCCCACUCUAGCACUAAUAAAAGAUGGGAAAACACAAGACUACGUCGUGGGCUUUACUGAUCUUGGUAACACUGAUGACUUCACUACAGAAACCCUAGAAUGGAGAUUAGGCUGUGCAGAUGUAAUUAAUUACAGUGGAAACUUGAUGGACCCACCUUUUCAAAGUCAAAAGAAAUAUGGAACAAGCUUUACAAAGCUGGACAAGAAGACCAUCAGAGGAAAGAUAUAUGAUUCAGAUUCUGAUGAUGACUAGAAGAGCCGCUAAAUAUAUUUGUAAAUCAUCUUUUGUUUAUGCGUGGUACAUUUCUAAGAAUGUUUUUUAUAAAGCUUACUGCUUUUCAUUACAUCUGCACAUAAUUCUCAUUUUUCUAUACAGUUUUAUACAACUGAGUCACAGCAGGAAAAAGCUUAAGUAUUUUUUUUUCCUCUUUUGGAAGUCAUUUGUAAUUUGAGAAUCUUAGUCCUUCUAUCUCAGUGACAUGGCAAAUGAUGAACUUAAGCCCUUUGUCUUAAGUAUAAGUUUAUGAAAUGUUUUGAAGUAACUUAGAAACAGCUGUAUGAAGUCAGACCAAAGGUCCCUCUGGCCCAGGAUCUGGUCUCAGUGGCUAAAAGGAGAUGCACAAGGAAGAAUGAAAACAGGGUGACCAGACAGCAAUGCUUCCCCACAGUCUACUUUAAGCAGACUGUGGCUUGGGGAACACCGUAUCUGAGAGCAUUUGCUGCUUAAAAUAAUAGAAGAAAAAUCUCUUGAAAUCCUCAUAGUAUUCAGGCAUCCACAUCAUGUGGCAAGGAGGUCCCAGUUUAACUGUGCUGUGUGAGGAACUACUUCCUGUUGUUUUCAUUGAAUCUGACAAGGUGUUUUUUUUUUCUGGUUUUCAUUAUUAAAGGAGGUAACGUACACUUCUAAAAAAGGGUGUUCUUCAUAAGUUCCUCUUCCAAUUAUGUUUUUAUAUUUAUUAUUACUUACAUUAUCAGUAAAGCACCACAAAAUUAUUAGUAAAGAAACUGUGCAUUUUAACAAAUAAUUGCUUUUCUUAUGGUGCCAUAUCAUGCCAUUGAAUAAAUUAACUGCAUUGCACUAUAAGUUGUAAAAACAGUCAUAACUUCUGUGAAUUCUGAAAUAGAUGGCCAAGAGAAAUGCCCUUUUACCAUCUAUGAAUGCUGCAUGUCAGAGCUGAUACAGCAGGCACAUAGCAACAAGUAUAUUGAAAACAGCCUUGUUCACGGGUUUGUAUCAUUCUGUGGUUGUGAAUGUGUGGAUUUUAUAGCAGAUGCUUUGUACAAGAGAGUAGAAUAGAGAAAAGUAUUUGGGAGAAACCUUGAUUGUUAAGUUUAGAUAUAGUGCCACAUACUGUGUACUGUUCUUCAGUGAUGGACAGAAUUUUUAAGAGAGAUCUUCCUUGGACACAAUGUAAAAUCCCUGGCUAGAUGAACCAUUGAUGAGUUUUCUUUUCAUUCUCAGAAAAAUUGUUUGCUUUGUGCUGAAGGACCCUUGUGAGGUGGUACUUUGAACCCAGUUGAUCCAAAUAGCAGUGAAGUGGGUCUAGCCAGUCUUGCUGCAUUGUAGUAGAGAACACUUGUGAUUGGGCCAGCCCAGCAAUAUAUCUCUUUAAGUUUAAAAAAUUAUAUUUUAUUUCUGUUCAUGUACAUUGAAAUAAAAUUAUUUUAAUUCUAA